AGAGUCACGUGACCGCCGCUAAAGCUAACUCUACGCAUCUCUCGGCUUUCCGUUAAUGGGAAGGCGAGCUAGCUUAAUGCAUGCGAAUAUGUCGCAGCGUAAUAACUGACAUUAAGGUCCAAAACCAAGCCAAAUAUAAAGGUUUUAUAAGCGUUUUAUACUGCUUUCAAUCGACGUGGAUUGGGGAUUUGGAUUACUCCUGGAUUAUUUUAUUAUUGGCCUCGUCUUCUCACAGCGUGGCUAAUUAAAUUACUGGAUAACAUCAACAAGUAAAAAAAAUGUCGUUCCGGCGAGGCGUGGUCCGGCAGAGCAAGUUCCGCCACGUGUUCGCUCAGGCGUGGAAAGCCGAACAUUGCAUCGACGACGUACGUGUGUCUCGCGUCACGUGGGACAGCCCGCUGUGCGCUGUCAACCCCAAAUUCGUCGCCGUCAUUGUGGAAGCGGGUGGAGGCGGAGCCUUCCUUGUCGUCCCUAUCGGCAAGAGCGGCAGGAUCGAUCAGUCCUGUCCAAUGGUGUGUGGACAUGCUGCGCCUGUGUUAGACAUCCAGUGGUCUCCUCAUGAUGAUAAUAUCAUAGCAAGUGCCUCAGAGGACUGCACCGUGAAGGUGUGGCAGAUCCCUGACGGAGGCCUGAUGGCACCCAUGACCGAGGCUAUCGUCACCCUUGAGGGGCACAGUAAAAGGGUGGGCAUUCUGGCGUGGCACCCCACAGCCUUCAACAUCCUCUUAACCGCAGGCUGUGACAAUGUGAUGCUGGUGUGGAACGUGGGCACAGGUGAGCUGGUGUACCAGCUGACCGACGCCCACCCGGACCUGAUCUACAGCGUGAGCUGGAACAAGAACGGGAGCGCCGUGUGCACUGUGUGCAAAGACAAGGCCUUACGUGUCAUCGACCCCCGCAGGGGCACUGUCCUCAAAGUGAAAGAGAAGGUCCAUGAUGGCACCAGACCUAUGAGAGCUGUGUUCCUCUCUGAUGGAAAGAUUUUGACCACGGGAUUCAGCCGUAUGAGUGAGAGACAGCUUGCACUAUGGGAUAUGAAAGAUCUCUCAGAGCCAAUGGCCGUACAAGAAAUGGAUACGAGCAAUGGUGUACUUCUACCUUUUUAUGAUCCAGACACCAACAUGGUUUACCUGUUGGGAAAGGGCGACUGCACCAUCCGCUACUUUGAGGUGACGGAAGAGUCACCCUAUGUUCACUUCCUCAGUCUGUACAGCAGCAAGGAGCCCCAGAGGGGGGCAGGCUACCUCAGUAAGAGAGGUGUGGAUGUCAACAAGUGUGAAAUUGCAAGGUUCUAUAAACUGCAUGAAAGGAAGGUUGAACCCAUUUCCAUGACCGUACCAAGAAAGUCUGAUCUGUUCCAAGGAGACCUUUACCCGGACACGGCCGGCUUAGAACCAGCACCUGCAGAUGAGUGGAUAUCUGGUCAGGACGCACCCCCAAUCUUGGUCACCCUGAGCGGAGGCUAUGCGGCGCGACGUCCAAGCACAAGAGAUACUAUCAGGACAAAGCCCAAACUCAUCUCGCAGGACUCUGGCACCGGAGCUGCACCCCCUCCAAGCUCUACGCCGCCCGCCAAAGAAGUCGAAGAGGAAGAGGCACGCGUCACCGCCAGAGAGACGACCGGGAACAUUGACAGGUCUAAGAGAGAGGAUGAUGUGUUGAGCGAACUGCUGUCGGAGAUGAAGGCGCUUCGUGCUGUUGUUCUUGCUCAAAGUCAGAGGAUCGAGCUCCUGGAGCGCCAGCUAGCUCGCAUUGAGGACGGCGACGUAUAAAACUGCUAUUAUUGUUGUUACUAUUAUAUUAUGAUUAUUAGCCGUUCACUGUACCAAAAUACUGUAGCACAGAGUGGUGCAUCGUCUGCAGAUAGAUGAUUUUUUUCACCAUUAGGGCUAUUUAAUCAGGUAGUUGGACGCUGCUAUGAUCUGUGGUGAAAUAUCAGACAGACCUCAACAUGUUUUUUUUACAUAGUGACUGACUUGAUAUGAAUUUUGUUGUGUUUUUUUGAGCCACUUCCAUAAGAUUAUAUUUUGUAGCCAAACAAGUAGCGACAUGGCGGUUUAUUAUGUGAUAUACUGUACCCAAUGAAAUGUGAUUUUUUUUGUUUUUGUUUGUUUUGCUAUGUAUUGGUUUUUUUUCAACAAAUAAAUUUGUCACUAACAUUCAUGCACUAAUCUUUCCAUGUGGCUGUAGAGACUGUUUAACAAAAAAAUAAAUACUCCUUUGUAUUCAUCC